AUGGGGCGCCAGCAGGCAGUCAAGUCACGCGAUGUACACCCUCUAGUGCCACCAGGAUUUAUCGAAAAUCUUGGGGUAUCGGAUGGAAUAUGCCUCAUAGCACUGACGUGCAUACUGGCCAGCUGUCUAGUCAAUUUCCAAGUGUCUCAAUUAAGCGAUGAUGGUUUUACCAACAAAGAAUAUAGUGAGUUGGUAACUGGCACAAUGGAGGUUGCCAUCUCCGUCCCAUAUAUAGUUGUGAAAUCGCACGAGUGCUUGUCCAAUCUGCGGGUGCAGAAGUCAUGGAUCACAUGCCGUCCUAAUGUCCAGAUUUUCAGAGACACAUUCAUUCUUGUGCUGAUAGCUUACGUGAUAUUAGUGGACAUCAGCUUGAGCUUCGCCUGGCUGGCCAUCUUUCCUGCCAUAGCCCUUGUUUUCAUACGAGCGAUGCACCUCAAGUUCAGUCGGCGUACAGGGGGCAGCAGUCGUAAAGUUAAUCAAGGAUCUUCUAACGUCGCUGAGACUAAAAUGAAAACUAUGGAGGUUGGGAUCAUUGUGAUGAUGACGCUGGGGGCGCUACUGCUUAUGGACCAGCUUCCAGACCAUGCAGCUGCCCAGUUCACCAUCUCACAGUUCCUCCUGUUCCUAAGCUGCACGGUGGCGGCAUUGACGCGCAUGGUGAUGAAGCUGCCCGCUGGCGCCUCACCGGGCAUAGCACUGGCGACGGAGAUGCUCCACAAGACCUUGCUUCUCCUCCUGCUGGCGACGGCGCACACCGCGGCCGCAGAGUGGCUGGGCGAGGAUGUUGUUCUGCUAUGCUUGCCGGAGGUCAUCCCUGUGCUUCUCUGGUUCAGCCUCCAUCUCGACCGUAAACCAGGAAGCAGCUCCAUCAUCAGCGUUGACAAGUUGAAACCACACAGAAAUUGGUUCAUCUUCCUCGGUGCAAUGGUGGUAGCUCCUCCUUUUGCUUACCUGGCCAACUCCAUGGAUGAAGUUGGGCUCUCCGGCUGGUCUACGACAUUCCAGGUGUCAUGUGGCGUCUCAGGGAUUCUGAGCUACUACCUUGUGUUCAUGCUAAGUCACUGGCCGAAGAAACAAGUAGCAGCUGCUGGCAAGGAUGGUGGGGCUUCCGGUAUGCUCAAAUUAUGGGCAUACGCUUUACUCAUAGCGGCGGCUGCGUCCCUGCUGCUCAGGUGUCUGGUUUCUGCCCGGCUUGGUCUGCAACUACCACUGCAUGCAACGGUUAUAUAUGUUAGUAAUGCUUUGGGUUUUAACUACUCAAAUUAG